AUGGAGUCAGAUAAACAGACAGUUGCCGGUGCAAUAAGACACGUAGUGGAGAAAAUGCUCUGUAGAUCAUACGCAAAAAACACAUUCAUGAAGAUCAAGCUCUAUGAAAUCCUGUUCGACAUGGCGCUGUCAGGCACCACAAGAAACGAAAGAGAAAUCUUCUACAUGGCUGUAAACACAUUUGGAUCACAAAAAUCACUGAAUAGGCUUAUUUCAGGCGUUAUGCAUGAAACAGGACUUUCAAAAGCCAAUCUCGGCAUCAGAAACACACUCAAAGGAACAUUCAUUGGAAGCAUCGCGCUUAUAAGAACCGAUAAAUCCAACCUUACUUCAUCUGUGGAAAAAUUAUGUUCGCAAUCACUCAGUCCACAGCUUAUUCCAGAUAUGUCGUGUGUCACAGAUGCAUUUACACUUCAUCCGAUUAUAGUGGUUGUUGAAAAAGAUACAAUCCUUCAUAGAAUCGCUGCUGUGCUCGCUGAAGAGCCUUACUUUAGUCAGAUAUUGUUUGUAUGUGGCAAAGGAUAUCCUUGUAGGAACACAAUAACAUUGCUAAGAAUGCUUGAGAAAAGCUCUGCUGCAAUCCUGGGCCUUUUUGACUUCGAUCCAUUUGGAAUCCAUAUAUACAGCGUGUAUAAAUACGGUGCCAAGACAUCAUCAAAUCUUGGAAUCAAUUCGAUCCAACGAAUAGGAAUACAUGCAGAACACAUCACAUCAUAUAACAUAUACACCUCUGACUUCAUGGAUCUUAACAAGUACGACAUCUCCAUGAUCAACAAACUUGAACAAAUAGAUGAGCUUGCAUCAGAUGCAUUAUUCAUCAAGCAAUUGGGCAAAAAACUCGAGAUGGAAGCACUCUUCAGCACAUUCACCCACGUCAUAAAAUCAAUCAUCUCACAAAAACUCAAACAAAUUCAUUAUGAGUCAAAACAACACCAUAAAUAA